AUAAAAUUGUUGUGAAUAACACAAUUCCAUUAGAUAGGGGGAUGCUAUCAAAUCUGGCAACCCUGUAUGUUGUAUCCGACCCAUGGUAUUAUGUUGCUGCUGCUAGCAGUACCCGGCGGAAGAUGGCUACUGUGGUACUGUAAAUUGAUCUCUAAACUCUGCCUUCUUUCUUUCUCUACAUGAACGAGAGCAAGUUCUUCGAGCUGUGUAUUUGGGAGAGUUUUUGCCUUUACACAGAGCUGGCAAUUGAGUGACGAGUUUGUCAACAUCUUUUCUGGCUUCUGAACCAGUACUACUGUGUUAGUAGUUCGUAACUAGCGAGUACGUGUGACAAGGAGGCGACUCGCAGGCCAGCUGUACGUCCAAUCCGUGGGUUUUUGCUUGUUGCGAUUCCUAUACCACUCAAGAUGGCUGCCCCCGUCAACAUCCAGAACCCCAGUAAGAGCUGGGAGCUGAGCCUGUACGAGCUGCACAGGAGUCCUCAGGAGGCGAUCAUGGACGGCACAGAGAUCGCAGUGUCUCCACGCUCACUCCACAGUGAGCUGAUGUGUCCCAUUUGUCUGGACAUGCUGAAGAACACCAUGACGACCAAGGAGUGUCUUCACCGCUUCUGCUCCGACUGCAUCGUCACCGCACUCCGAUCAGGAAACAAGGAGUGCCCCACCUGCAGGAAGAAGCUGGUCUCCAGACGUUCGCUGAGGCGGGACUCCAACUUCGACGCCCUCAUCUCCAAGAUCUACCCGAGUCGGGACGAGUACGAGGCCCACCAGGACCGGGUCCUGGAGAGGCUGAGCCGGCUCCACAACAAGCAGGCCCUCAGCUCUUCCAUCGAAGAGGGGCUGCGCAUGCAGGCCAUACACAGGGCUCAGCGAGUGCGUAAACCAGCCCAGGAGAGUGACAACACCACCUUCAGCGGGGGAGAGGACAACGGCGACGCACGCUCCCACCUCUCCCACGACUCGGCCCCCUCGCACACGCCCCUCCCCCCCAGCCACACCCCCUCUGAGGCCGGGCCCAGCCGGAACCCCAAGCGGCCGCGAGUCUCCGACGAGUCUGGCCCCGAGGCGGACCGCACCAGCCCCACUCCUCCACUGCGCCGCCACAAGGAGGGGCCCGCCUCGGAGAUCGAGCUGGUGUUCAGGCCACACCCUCUGCUGGUGAAUUCGCAGGAGUACAGCCAGACCAGAUAUGUGAAGACCACAGCCAACGCCACCGUGGACCACCUGUCUAAGUACCUAGCCCUGCGCAUCGCACUGGAGGAGAGGCAGACUGACGGCCAGAGAGAAAGUGCCGGGGCGGAGGGAGGAGGGGAGGCAGGGGCAGGGGGAGAAGAGAGAGGAGGUGGAGGAGGAGAAGGGGCAGGCCUGAGGAACGUCAGUGAGAAGCAGUACACCAUUUACAUCACCACGUCUGGAGGACAGUUCUCGACUCUGAAUGGCUCCCUGACCCUGGAACUGGUCAAUGAGAAGUACUGGAAGGUGAGGAAGCCUCUAGAACUCUACUAUGCCCCCACCAAGGACCAGCCCCAGCAGACGCCCCAGCAGACACCCCCCCAGCAGAGAGAGGGCUGAGGCCCUUUUUAUUCUCUUUAACCCAGGUCUGAUCAUUUUACCUUCGAGUAACCUCGCCUAGUACCAUAUAGGUUAGUCAUUGACGGGGACUCAUUUUCAAAUAUUCUUGUGUGUUCAGUGUGUAAUUAAAUUGUCUGUAUUAAUUAGCUUUGAUAUGAGAACAUGACCAUGUCUAUUUAUGAAUUGUAUAUAUUUCCUGAUGUGACUGAAGCACUUUUGCGAAGUGCAAAGGAAACAUGUGACUGGUUGAUAAAUUUGGAUGUUCUACUCAGCUUACAAAGCAAGGCAUUAAAUUUAUAUAUACAAUACCAGUCAAGUUUGGGUUAGGGUAAUUGAAUGGGAAAAUGGGUCCACACUUUUGACUGGUACUGUAAAUAUUAAAACAUUAAGCUCAACACCAGUUUAAGAAUAUUCAAGUUUGUCAUAAUUGACAAGUCAACCAUAACUGGUAACUUUCUGGAACACUUCAUAAUAAUCCAAUCGGAUCAUGGACCAGCUCAGUAGCACCAAUUACCUCCAAGAUAUAAA